AACAACACAAAACGAAAAUAAACGAAACCCAUAGUUUCGUGCCUUUCUCGCGCUAUCUAUCCAUUUUAUUUUCUCUUCCAUAAUUUUCUCACCCACCACCCAUGUCCACUCCCAACGCCGACUCCGGCACGGCGCCGCAUCCGCGCCCCACCAUCACACUUCCUCCUCGUCCCUCCGCGGAGGCCUUUUUCUCCGCCGCUGGCGGCGCUAGCCCCGGUCCCAUGACCCUCGUCUCCAGCUUCUUCGGUUCUGAUGCCGCCGCCGACUGUCGCUCCUUCUCCCAGCUUCUUGCUGGCGCCAUGGCCUCCCCGAUGGCCUUCUCUGCCACCUUGGCCGACAACUCCGGCAACGACGAUGAUGGGCCCCACAAGGGCUUCAAGCAGAGCAGACCCAUGAAUUUGGUCAUUGCUCGUUCCCCUGUCUUCACUGUUCCACCCGGGUUGAGCCCUUCUGGGUUUCUUAACUCUCCUGGCUUCUUUUCCCCUCAGAGCCCCUUUGGGAUGUCUCACCAACAGGCUUUAGCACAGGUUACAGCUCAAGCUGUCCUAGCGCAAUCUCAUAUGCACAUGCAAGCUGAUUACCAGAUGCAUCCAGUAACUGCCCCUACUGAACCACCUGUACAACAGCCAUCUUUUGCUCUAAAUGAAGCUUCAGAGCAGAAAAUAGUACCAUCUGUAUCAGAAGCUAAAAAUGCUCAACUGGAAACGUCGGAUAUCUCACAGGCUGAUAAGAAAUAUCAGCUGGCUUCUCAGGCCGUUGACAAGCCUGCAGAUGAUGGCUACAAUUGGCGCAAGUAUGGGCAGAAGCAGGUUAAAGGCAGCGAGUAUCCAAGGAGCUACUACAAAUGUACACAUCUGAAUUGCCUAGUGAAGAAAAAAGUUGAGCGUGCCCCUGAUGGACACAUAACUGAAAUUAUAUAUAAAGGUCAGCAUAACCAUGAAAAGCCUCAGGCAAAUAGACGUGUCAAGGAUAAUAGUGAUUCAAAUGGAAGUGCAAUUGUUCAGCCUAAGUCUGAGUCAAACUCACAAGGUUGGGUUGGACAACAAGUAAACAAGUUUAGUGAAAACAUUCCUGAUUGUUCAGUUCCUGAACGUGACCAGAUCUCCAAUCAAGGGGCACCUAGGCAACUACUACCUGGGUCAAGUGGGAGCGAGGAAGUGGGUGAUGUAGAUAAUAGGGAAGAGGCGGAUGACAUUGAGCCAAACCCUAAGAGAAGGAAUACUGAUGUUGCGGUUUCUGAAGUACCUCUUUCUCAGAAGACUGUCACAGAACCCAAAAUUAUUGUGCAAACAAGAAGCGAAGUUGAUCUUUUGGAUGAUGGUUACAGGUGGAGAAAGUAUGGUCAGAAAGUGGUGAAGGGAAAUCCUCAUCCGAGGAGUUAUUACAAAUGCACAAGUGCAGGAUGCAACGUGCGUAAGCAUGUUGAGAGAGCUUCAACCGACCCCAAAGCUGUCAUAACCACGUACGAGGGUAAGCAUAAUCAUGAUGUGCCUGCUGCUAGAAAUAGCAGCCACAACACAGCUAAUACAAAUUCAAUGCCAUUAAAACCGCACAAUGUCGUACCGGAGAAGCACCCUUUGCUUAAAGACAUGGAUUUUGGAAGCAAUGACCAAAGGCCUGUACAUUUGCGCUUAAAAGAAGAGCAAAUCAUAGUAUAAAAGUGUGGCGUCAUGAUUACUCAUUCCACCUAAAGUACAGAAUGAAGUUGUCUAGAAGAUGAAAUGGAUAAUACAAAGGUGUAGUCACUAGUCAGAGUUGGCAAUGGUCAGUGCAUGUUUAUUGUUUUCUAUUUUCACUGUAUGUAACACCUUUUGUACAUCUAAAUUAUGGAAUUGGUUGUAUAAGAUAUCGUUUACAGGUAUGAAGAUCAUUUAAACUAAUGUACGAACAUUAUUAUAUAAUUUAUAAAAUACUCCUUGUAAGCUGUAAGGCA